UUCUUUUCUGUGGCAAACAAGUUAGGCUUGGAUCUGCUGAGGGGGCUGCUGCUGAUCGGUAGGCUAAACUACUAUUCUGCUUAAUGAACGCACAUAACGGAUAACUGUAGGACAGAUCACUGACACGGACUCCGGGUUAUUUCCCCUCCGUUAACUUUCUUGCACGACGGCUUUGGUAUACAUCCGACUAUAGGCUCCUAUAUGGAGGCAAGAACUUGAAGGCAGAGUGCGGCAAUCAAGGUUUCCUGGAAAACAUUUCUAUGCUCUUUAGAGUAGCAACUCUCAGAUUUGCCCACUGAACGGCACAAGUCAUGUACCAAGUUGUUCCCGGAGGAGCGGGAGGCACAAUUACAGAUGUUAUCCCCAAGCAGAAACACAGCAAGGACACUCGACCCCUGGUCGGAGCCGGAGUAAUCGGCCUGGUGCUGCUAAUUGCAGCAGUGACUGCAUGGUGUUAUUACAUAGCCUCUCUACGCAAAGCUGAGCUGCUUAAGACUCAGCUCCUGGAUCUGAAUAAAGAUGGCUACAUUAUCCGCAACCAGGGAGGCUCUAUUGUUUUCAGAAUGGAUUUCAGGUCAGGCACGCUGGAUUUGGAUUCAUGCUCCAAAGAAGGGGAGAUGCUGAGCUGCGAACGAACCACUGAUAGAAAACUGAACUUCUUCAUUGAGACAGUGCGACCCAAAGACACGGUGCAAUGCUACCGUGUGCGUUGGGAGGAACUGGUUCCUGACAUUCCUGUUGAGCAUGCUAUGACGUACACGUUUGCACACUGGUAUGGUGGUGCAGUGUCAGCAAUUCAACACUGGCCUAUUUCUAUUAAUGGCCAACAGGCUCCCAAACCCUUUGUCACUAGUGACAUCUACUCAAACCGCAAUGAAUUCGGUGGAAUUUUGGAGAGUUAUUGGCUUUCAUCCAACGCUACGGCCAUCAAGAUAAAUAAUUCAGUGCCCUUCCACCUGGGCUGGAAUGACACGGAGAAGACCAUGUCCUUCCAGGCGCGAUACAAUGACAGUCCCUUCAAGCCAAACCCAGGAGAGGCACCAUGCGCUGAGCUUAGCUACAGAGUGUGCGUGGGCUUAGAUGUGACAUCCAUACACAAGUACAUGGUCCGCAGAUACUUCAACAAACCAAACAAAGUGCCUGCCAAAGCCAUGUUUCGCCAUCCUAUAUGGUCGACCUGGGCACUACAUAAGACUGACAUUGACCAAGAGAAAGUAUUGGCGUAUGCCGCAAACAUCCACAAGUAUAAGUUUAACUGUAGCCAACUGGAACUAGACGACCGCUACACUAGCCGCUACGGAGAAUUUGAGUUUGACCAAACCAAGUUCCCCAAUGCCUCGUCCAUGUUCCAGAGGCUGAAAUCAGAUGGAUUUCUGGUGUCGCUCUGGAUUCACCCUUUUGUUAACUAUGACUCAGAAAACUUCCAUACUUGCGUAGAGAGGGGGCUGUUUGUCCGGGAGCCUACAGGCCGGCUGCCAGCCUUGGUGCGCUGGUGGAACGGUAUUGGUGGCAUUGUGGAUUUCACAAAUCCAGAAGCCCGCGAUUGGUUUUCCUCCCAGCUCCGUUCGCUGCGCUCCAGGUAUGGGGUGUCUUCUUUUAAAUUUGACGCAGGGGAGACUAACUACUUGCCGUGGAAAUUUAGUACCAGAACUCCCAUUCGGGACCCAAGUUUUUUCACAAGACGUUACACGGAAAUGGCUAUUCCCUACAACGACCGAGCUGAGCUGCGCAGUGGCUACCAGUCCCAGAACAUAUCCUGCUUCUUCAGACCAAUCGACAGAGACUCUGUUUGGGGCUACGAGUUGGGUCUCAAGUCUCUUAUCCCCACCGUGCUCACCAUCAGCAUUCUGGGCUAUCAGUUCAUUUUACCAGACAUGAUCGGAGGGAAUGCAUAUCUGAACCGCACAGACGGGAAUCAUGUACUACCCGAUCGAGAACUCUAUAUCCGCUGGCUGGAGCUGUCAGCCUUCAUGCCGUCCAUGCAGUUUUCUAUUCCGCCAUGGGCAUACGACAACGAUGUGGUUGAAAUUGCUCGCAAAUACACAGCCCUCCAUGAGAGUAUUGUGGCGCCGCGGGUCCUGGAGCUGGCUGGCGAGGUGCUGGACACCGGGGACCCAAUCAUACGGCCCCUGUGGUGGAUUGCCACAGGUGAUGAAACAGCCUAUAAAAUCGACUCCCAAUUCCUGAUUGGGGAUGACCUCAUGGUUGCCCCAGUUUUAGAGCCUGGAAAACAAGAACGUGACAUCUACCUCCCCGCCGGCCGCUGGAGAAGCUACAAGGGGGAGAGAUUUGAUAUCAAGGAGCCUCUGCAUCUCACAGACUAUCCAGUUGAUCUGGAUGAAAUUGCUUACUUUGUUUGGGUGUAGCAAGAGGGGAAUGCACAGCUGAACAGACUUGAUAUGCCUUUGCUGCAAUUUGCUUGUAAGACAAGCUUCACAAAUUUAGCUUUCAUGCUUGACCUUUAUGCUUGUAUGAAAUAUGGCUUAUGAAUUAUGUAACAUAGCAGAAGCACAGAAGAGUUAUACAAGUCGACAAACAGACUCAAUAAUACCAGUUACACAGCAAUUUUUGUUUAAAGUUUAAACCAUAAGCUACUGGUCAUACUAGACUGACAGUUAAAAGUUACAUAGUCUCACUUUAAAGCCUCACAUAUAUGAAACACAUGUCAAAAAGGGAAUAUGCAAACUGUGAAUUAAGUAAGGCAUACUUGUCAUUGUAUGCCAUAAAGAUGAACUUAAAUAUAAGCCAAACAGAUUGUAUCAUGGGAGCACAACUGUAGGGGUGUCCUUACCACCAUUGCACAGGUAGCAGGCCACAUAAAACCUUCUAUAUUAACUUCCAUUUGACUAAGAUGUCCUACUUUCAUUUGACACUAAUGACUCUUAUACUCCUAUGAUCCGAGAUACUUUUCAGGAAGUCAGGUUUUAUGCUUCACUUAUCGGGAUGAAUGCUUGAAGUUUAAUCAUUACAAACUGCAUGUGCUCUCAUUUUUUGGAACACAGUGUCAUAUAACUACUCGUAGUCCAGAAGAAGAUGCCUUUUAUUAGGCACUAAAUAUUUCAUGCUCCUCCUCAGGUAACAGCUUUUUUUUCUGGUGUGUUUUGAAGUGUCUGGUUGGGUCUUUGUCUUUAUUGUGCUUUGCUGACUCCAAAUCCAGCUAAACAUCUAUAGUGCAUAAUACAUUGAACACAAUAACCUAAGUGAUAAUGGUCUGGUUACUUUAUACCUACUUGCUAUGCAGUGUGGAAGUCUUUAGAUGCAAUGAAUUUUAUCAGCAUUUAAUUAUCAAAUGAAAUGGUACAAUGUAUUUGUCACCUUGUGUUUUUUUGAUGUGAAUAGUUUGUUAAUGUGGUGAUAUCUCUAAGUGCCAUGUGUUAAUAAUUACUGCCACAUACGCUAUGUUAUUUGUUGUUAAGCUAUGCAUUGAAUAUUGUACAUUUAUUAUGUGAAAUCUUUUGUUAAUUUAACCCUUAAUGGAGAGAGUUAAGCCUUUUUGCCCAAUCACAGACAACAUAGUGUACCACAAAUGCCACAAAACUAAAUAUCAUAUUACGUGGCUGAAAAAAAGUUUUAAAGCAAAUCUUUUUUUUAUAUCAUGUGAUAUUGCAGAUGCACAGAGGAAACUGAUACUGAUUGUCUCAUCAAACUCCGGGUAAAACAGCAAGUGACAUAUUUCAAAGUAAAAGCAAUAAAGAAUAAAAUUGGGAACAUGGAAAAAUGACUUCCUGUGGCCCCUCUGUAAUCUUUUUAAAACCUUGUUGAGAUGAUUCUGAUGAGAUUCGAAGCUGCAAUAAUAAAACUAACACGGUGUUUAUAAGAAAUAACGAAAAGGAAAUGUCCACAUUCUUUUGGUGCAAUAUUCUCACAUGUUAGUACUUCUUUAUUUUUGUUUAAUGCUGUCUGUGUGGCGUACAGGUUGACCUCAGUGGAUUUUGUUUGUGCCUUUUGAAAUAGUUUCAUCAUAACAACGCUCCCUAUUUAUAGCAGUUCUCACUCAGCAUCUGGGCCAGACCAACCUCUCGGGCUAUUUCUGUCUCUGACUGUCGUGCUCUAUGACGAGACGGAGAGGCUGUAUAUCUUGGACUGAAUGUUCCUUUGCUUUUGGCUCUUCCUCACCCAGUGUGUGCUGUCUGCAUCCAGUUAUUGUAACUGAACAUUGCAACAUUUUUGUUAAGAGUGCAUAUUUGAUGUCGUUUUUUUUGUUUUUUUUAUG